AUGGAAAUCCUCCAUCGAGACCAACUCCGAGUGGACUCAAUUCAUGCUAGGCUCUCAAGUCGUGGUGUUGUUCCAGAUAAGCAGACUGCAUUGCCUGUCCAGUCUGGGGCAUCCAUUGGUGCUGGUGAUUAUGUUGUUACUGUGGGUCUUGGUACGCCGAAAAAAGAACUUACACUCAUAUUCGACACCGGUAGCGACAUCACUUGGACUCAAUGUGAGCCAUGCGUGAAGUCUUGCUAUAAACAGAAGGAGCCAAAGUUAGAUCCUACCAAGUCAACAUCAUACAGAAAUAUUUCGUGUUCCUCGCCAUCGUGCGAAUUAGUCAACACAGAAGGUGGACAAGGUUGUUCUUCCUCGACAUGCCUUUACCAAGUCCAAUAUGGAGAUGGCUCGUACUCCGUUGGAUUUUUUGCCACAGAAACAUUAUCCCUCACAUCAAACAGCGAGUUCAAGAACUUCUUGUUUGGGUGCGGCCAACAAAACGAAGGCCUAUUCGGAGGAGCAGCAGGUUUGCUAGGACUUGGUCGCACCGAGUUAUCCCUACCAUCACAAACAGCUAAGAAGUUCAAAAAGCUCUUCUCUUAUUGCUUACCAGCAUCCUCCAGCUCCAAAGGUUACCUCAGUUUCGGUGGAAAAGUCUCCGAGACCGUGAAAUUCACUCCUUUAUCCAAAGACUUCGAAUCCACGCCUUUUUACGGCCUGGACAUAACUGGACUUAGUGUCGGAGGACGCAAACUUUCUAUAGAUCCAUCAAUUUUCUCAACUUCUGGAACCAUAAUCGACUCUGGCACGGUCAUCUCGAGACUACCUCCGACAGCAUACUCCGCCCUAAGCUCAGCAUUUAAAAAAUUGAUGACAAAGUAUCCUUUGACAAGUGCGUAUUCUAUCUUGGAUACUUGCUAUGAUUUUAGUAAAUACGACAAGAUUACGAUACCCAAGGUUAGUGUGUCCUUCAAAGGCGGCGUCGAGAUGGAUCUUGAUGUGACAGGAAUUUUGUAUCCGGUGCAAGGAUUGAAGAAAGUUUGCCUAGCUUUCGCUGGAAAUGAUGAUGAUAGUGAUACUUCAAUUUAUGGAAAUGUUCAGCAGAAGACUUAUCAAGUGGUCUAUGAUGGUGCCAAAGGAAGGGUUGGAUUUGCCCCUGCUGGUUGUAGCUAA